CCUGGCUGCAUCUUCGACGGCGGCGGAGCGGAAGGGCUUGGCGGGCGCUCUUGGCGGGCGCUUGGCGCCUCCUGGCCUGGCCGGGGACGAGGCAGCCACGCCGCCGCGGCCCGAGGAGGCGAGAGUCCACGGGGUCGUCUUGCCCGAGAGAAGGCGGCAGGCGGGGGGGCUGGCCUAGCCACCCUCCCCCGGCAGAGGCGGCUGUUGGGGGGGGGCGGCGGAAGGGCCGCGAUGCUGCUGGGCUGGCUCGCUCGCGGGCUGCCGGGGCCGAGCCAAAGGAGGCCAGCCGCCCGGGGGCGGGGAGAAGCGAGGAGGCCGGCGGUGGCGUGGUGGGGGCGGCCCGUUCGGCGGCUGGCCUGGGAGCGGCGAGUCGGACGGGGCGUCAGCGGCGACUCGGCAAAGGUCCAGCCAUGAAGCCCGGGGGCCCGUGGGGACUGCCCGUCCUGCUGUGUGGGGCCUGGCUGUGGGUGAGCGCGGCUCAGCCGAGCACCCAGGCGCCCGGGGGCCAGACCCAGGGGGCCCCGAAGCUGCAGCUCCGGCUGGCCGGCUACCCGCGCAAGCACAACGAGGGGCGCAUCGAGGUCUUCUACAGCCAGGAGUGGGGCACCAUCUGCGACGACGACUUUACGCUGGCCAAUGCCCAGGUCCUCUGCCGCCAGCUGGGCUUCGUGGCUGCCACUGGCUGGACGCACAGCGCCAAGUACGGGAAAGGCGUCGGACGCAUCUGGCUGGACAACGUCAACUGCGGAGGCGGCGAGAAGAGCAUCGAGGACUGCCGCUCCCGCGGCUGGGGCAACAGCGACUGCUCCCACGAGGAGGACGCUGGGGUCGUCUGUCAGGACGAGCGCCUGCCUGGCUUUGUGGACUCCAACGUGAUCGAGACAGAGCAGAACCAGCUGGAGGAGUUCCGCCUGCGCCCCGUGGUGUCCCACGCCAAGCGGCCCCUGCCCGUGACGGAGGGCAUCGUGGAGGUGCGCCACCGGGGCAGCUGGGCCCAGAUCUGCGACGAGGGCUGGAGCAGCCGGAACAGCCGCGUGGUCUGCGGGAUGCUGGGCUUCCCCGCCGAGAAGAAAGUCAACCGCAAUUUCUAUAAGCGGUCCAAGCGGGCGGCCAAGGCGGCCAAGGGCCGGAGGAGGCCAGGACCCCGCCAGAGGAGGCCCAAGUCCCGGUCUGGCCCCCGGCCUAGGCGCAGGGAGGAGGUUAGGGGCCCCCAGAGGCUGUGGGGGGCGCGCCAGCAGCUCAACGUCCGGCUGCACUCGGUGGCCUGUGCCGGCCCCGAGGUCCACCUCUCCUUGUGCUCCUGGGAGUUCUACAAGGGCAACGCCAGCGGGGCCUGCCGGGGCGGGAUGCCCGCCGUGGUCAGCUGCCUGCCCGGACCCCUCUUUGCCCCCGGCGGCAGCGGCGGCGGCCUCCAGAAGAGGAAGCGGCAGCCCCAGCAGGCCCAGCAGCAGCAGCGGGUCCGGCUGAAGGGCGGGGCCAAGCCCGGGGAAGGGCGGGUCGAGGUGCUGAAGGACGGCGUGUGGGGCACCGUCUGUGACGACCGCUGGGGCCUGGCGUCGGCCAGCGUGGUUUGCCGGGAGCUCGGCUUUGGCAGUGCCAAGGAGGCCCUGACGGGGGCACGCAUGGGGCAAGGCAUGGGCCAGAUCCACUUGAACGAAGUGCAGUGUCUGGGCUCCGAGAAGUCCCUGUGGAACUGCCCGUCCCGGAACAUCACCCAAGAGGACUGCAAACACUCGGAGGAUGCCGCGGUCCGCUGCAACGUCCCCUACAUGGGCUACGAGACCAAGAUCCGGCUAAGUGGGGGCCGCAGCCCUUUUGAGGGCCGGAUUGAAGUGCUGCUGGGCCCGGGACGCAACGGCUCCCAGCGAUGGGGCUUGGUUUGCGGAGACGGCUGGGGAACCCUGGAGGCCAUGGUGGCCUGCCGCCAGCUGGGCCUGGGCUUUGCCAACCAUGGCUUGCAAGAAACCUGGUACUGGGAUGCCAGCAAUGUGACCGAAAUGGUGCUGAGCGGUGUGAAGUGCACCGGCCACGAGAUGACGCUGAGCCACUGUGCUCACCACAGCACCGUCAGCUGCCGGAAGACGGGCACCCGGUUUGCCGCGGGCGUCAUCUGCUCCGAGACGGCCUCCGACUUGCUGCUCCACGCCCCGCUGGUGCAAGAGACGGCGUACAUCGAGGACCGCCCUCUGCACAUGCUCUACUGUGCCGCAGAGGAGAACUGCCUGUCCAGCAGUGCCCAGAACGCCAACUGGCCCUACGGCCACCGGCGCCUCCUGCGCUUCUCCUCCCAGAUCCACAACAACGGGCGAGCCGACUUCCGCCCCAAGGCCGGCCGGCACUCGUGGGUCUGGCACGAAUGCCACGGGCACUACCACAGCAUGGACAUCUUCACCCACUACGACCUCCUGACCCCCAACGGCACCAAGGUGGCCGAGGGGCACAAGGCCAGCUUCUGCCUGGAGGACACCGAGUGUGAGGAAGAGGUGGGCAAGCGCUACGAGUGUGCCAACUUUGGGGAGCAGGGCAUCACGGUGGGCUGCUGGGACCUCUACCGGCACGACAUCGACUGCCAGUGGAUCGACAUCACCGACGUGAAGGCUGGCAACUACAUCCUGCAGGUGGUGAUCAACCCCCGGCAGGAGGUGGCAGAGAGUGACUUCACCAACAACGCCAUGAAGUGCAACUGCAAGUACGACGGGCACCGGAUCUGGGUGCACAGCUGCCACAUCGGCGAUGCGCUCAGCGAGGAGGCCAACCGGCGCUUCGAACAGUACCCCGGACAGCUCAACAACCAGAUCGUCUAGGCCAAGCCCGCCCGCCCGCUCCUGGGCACCCGAAGUCUCUGCCCCGGCUGGGGACGGCGCCGAGGACCCAAAGCAGAGAGGGGCCGGCCCAAAAGGCGCAGCCCCGGAGGAGGCCUCUGGGACGAAGGCGGCACCCCACACACCGCGGGGAGGGCGCCACUCCUUGGCCAGGCCCCCCCCCCGCUCCCCACUGCAGCACAGCUGGCCGGGGGGGGGCAGACUGCAGGCAGAAGACGCAGCCAAUGCCGGGGGAAGCCGGCCCAGCCUGACCGGGGGGGGGCGGCAGAGGGCAGAGGCUGCCCCCCAAGUGCACUACCGCCUCCACACAGCUGGCUUUCCCUCUGGUGCUCAGCCAAUGCCCAGGGCGUGUCCUCGGGGGGGGGGGGUGGGGGGCAGGGACC